CUCCGACUCACAAGUAGUAUGGACUGUUGUGACAGUUCAGGGUCUGGAAGUAUCUUGGUAUGCCCGUUUCGUCCAAAAAUAUCCCCUUUUGCAUGCUGAAUGCCAGAACCAAUGCCUACAGUACAGGAGCGCCUUGGAAACAGGCUGCUCACUGCUGCUCACUGCUGCUCCCUUACUCGAGACUAUUAUACAUCUACGUUUUCCGUGUAAGUCCCCAUAGCAUGUGCAGGCGAGGUCUUUUACAUUCCUGGUACGUUCACAUUGAUAGCAAUCACAACUAUUUUUAGCACUUGGUGAGUUGCGCACGGGCGCGAUAGAGCACACACUAUCCAACAACGAAGGCCCAAGCGUGACUGAGGCGUAUCAAUUAUCAAUUCUCGGCACAAAGCAUUAAUUGACUUUCGUUCAAUGGUGUUCUCUUUGUCGAAUCGAGGUUCCUCGAACCGCUCGGGAUGCUCACGAGAUGCUCUACACACGGCCUCGAGCCAUCAAGUCAAGUAGUGCGGCCAUGUGGGCUUUGAAGGCCCACAUCGGGAUGGUUAUAAUUCCAGAAUGGGACAGCCCAUCAUGAACUGCUGGCUACGACGAGCGGGAGCCAAUAUGUAAGAUCUUUUUGGUUAAGUAGAUCAACUUGACCGGUAGGUGCACGAGAAAAGGUACUUAUCAAAGACCCCAGUCCUCCAAUCCCCAGAAUCAGCAUAGCACUGGUGUGCACAGCGGACAAAAUGCGUCGACACCAAUACACUGCUUCCCUCCUGCUCACGGUCGUCGCGUCUCUUACCUCGGCGGCCCCAACAGGCGGACCUCUCGAACAGAUCCAAUGGAACGAAACCGCUCCCGGCGCAAACCCGCUCCUGCAAUACGGAACUUUGGAAGUCCCUAUGGACUGGACCAACCCCAAUGGAGAGCACAUCACUCUUGAUAUCACGCGCUUGAAGACGAACAGCUCUUCUAAGAUUGGAAGCUUGUUCUUGAAUCCCGGAGGACCAGGAGGAAGAGCAGGCCCUCUUUGUGAAGAACAAGCGGAAGGAUACAGUAUAUUCAGCGCUGCUCUAGUAGAAAGUUUCGAUCUCAUCUGUCCAGACCCCCGCGGUGUCGGAGCAAGUUCUCAGAUCUCCUGUGACCCGGACUUAUGGAGCCAGACACCCUCCUAUUAUGUAGAUGACGAAGCAUCCUUCCAAGCGGUACUCGAAUUCAACAAGAAGCUAGGCGCCGAUUGCCUGCAACGGAGCGGACCAGUGCUUGGCUUCGUCGACACCACCAAUGCUGCUAAGGACCUUGAGGCGAUCCGCCUAGCUCUGGGUGAAGACAAGUUCGACUAUCUGGGAUUUUCGUACGGUACUCAACUCGGCGCCGCCUACGCAGAACUCUUCCCCGACAAGAUCCGAACGAUGACCCUCGACGGCGACGUCGACCAUUCCAUGGACGAGCUAGACGGAUUCGUCAUGUCCAACUGGGCAAUGGAGGACGAGCUGAACCGCUUCUUCGCCUGGUGCAACAAGAACGAAACAUGCGCUUUCCACAGUGAUCGAGACGCCGCCGAGGUUUGGGACGAGAUGAUCGCGAGCGCAAACAAAAAUCCCAUCCCUGCGCCCGGCUGCUCAAAGUCUGCGGACACGGCUUCUGCCGGUACAUGCCGUGGACAGGUGACUGGGUACAAUAUCAUCUUCAACCUGGAGAACCAUUUCCAGGAUCCGGCACGAUGGCCGCAGAUCUCAAAGUACAUCAACCAGACCAUCCACGGGAACGCCACAUACUUUUCGAACCCCCUGGGCGGCCCCAACGACCUCGACUAUCCGAAUCUCGCCAUCGGUUGUCUCGACUGGGGUUCCAACUCAACGACGUUCGACGAGCAUGUGGCCCUACAAAAUCUAGGCGAGGCCAUGUUCCCUCACUCUCUGGGGAGCAGUAUGUGGCUGCAAUUCUCCACCACGUGUAUUGGAUGGCCGUUCCCUGUCACGAAUCCUCAACAUCUCCUGAAUCCGGCAAAGAUGGCCCUGGCGCCUCCGAUCCUGCUCGUCAAUUCGGAUCAUGACCCUGCCACUCCUCUGCCCUGGGCUCACGGACUACACAGACAAAUACCCAGCAGCGUUCUGUUGACGCGCACGGGCGAUGGACAUACCAGCUACAUGACGAACGAUAAGGUCCGGGCAAUGAUGGAUGAUUACAUGAUCAACAUGAAGCUGCCCGCGCCGAACACCGUUGUUCAGGAACCUUCCAUGACCUGACCCGACCUUAACAGAUAGAAAUUUUGAGAGUAGAACUUGCAAUCCUGAUACAUCUUCACCGUAA